UCUGUAGAAAAAACAGCUGGGCUCCCUCGGAGACAGAGCGCCAUGGGAAACCGGCUCUGCUGCGCGGGAAGCUGGAGCUGCCCAUCAGUUUUCCAGAGGAAAAAGAAACUGGGGAGUCAACCAAGAUGGAAACUGAAGCAGCAGCGGCAGAAGCCGAGUGGCACAAAGGGCCAUGGCACAACAGGACACACGUGUAAGCGCGUGCUGGAGCAGCCUGCGUCUCAGAAGAGGAGCCAAGGCCCCGGGUCAGAGGACAGCAGCCUACACUACGCAGUCAUUCAAGUGUGCAGCCACCCUCAGCCACGCUCUGCCCAGGAGGUGAAGCACUUGCAGUCACAAAAUGCUACAGAGUAUGCCACCCUUUGCUUCCCCAAGGCCACACCCUGCUAUGACAGCAAGAACGGGACCCUAGUGUGA